CUGCCCCGUCACUGAUCACGAGAGUGCGGUACCGGUCCGCUCAAGCAUCAGAGCGAUUCGCGGACCUCUGAUAAUAUUCAACUAUUGAAAACGCUGAACAGCGAGCAGCGCCUCCGUGACUGAUAUCGAUAUCUGUGAUUGAUCGGAACGGUGCAGGUGAUGGAGAUUCGGAUCGGCUUCAUCUGCUCGGUUCUUCUGCUUCACUGCGUCCACGGAACCCGUGCAGCCGUCUGCAGCCAGGAGCAGUUCAGGUGUGCAAACGGGAAGUGCAUCACCAGCCGCUGGGUUUGUGACGAGACGGACGACUGCGGCGACGGGAGCGACGAGCUGCCAGAGUCCUGCAGCCAGAAGACGUGUUCGUCGGGUCAGUUCAGCUGCGGCGGGCGUCUCAAUCAGUGCGUGUCCACCAGGUGGCGCUGCGACGGGAAGUCUGACUGCGAGAACGGCGCAGACGAGCAGGGCUGCGUCCUGAAGAACUGCACGGACGAGGAGUUCCACUGCCGCAGCGGUCAGUGCGUGUCGCUGUCGUUCGUGUGCGACUCUGACUCUGACUGCGACGACGGCAGCGACGAGGCGUCCUGUCCCGCGCCCACCUGCGGCCCCGGCUCCUUCCAGUGCAAUAACUCUGUGUGCGUGCCGCGGCUCUGGGCCUGUGACGGGGACACCGACUGCGCAGACGGCUCUGACGAGUGGCUGCAGAACUGCACAGGUGGCACAGGUCAGCAGCCGCAGACGGUCUGCCGCGAUCACGAGCUCCUGUGCUCCAGCGGCGAGUGUGUCCACGGCAGCUGGAGGUGUGACGGAGGCACUGACUGCGCAGACGGCUCAGACGAGCACAACUGCACCGCGCUCACCUGCCGUCCGGAUGAGUUCCUGUGUAACGACGGCAGCUGUGUCCCGGGAAUACGGCAGUGUGACGGGAAUCCUGACUGCCGGGAUCACAGCGAUGAGACGGACUGCGUCACCGUGCACGCGUGUGCCGGACCGAGCCGGUUUAAGUGCGGCAGCGGCGAGUGCAUCAGCGCAGACAGUGUGUGUGACGGUCAGAGAGACUGCCGCGACUGGUCAGACGAGCCUCUCAAAGACUGCAACACUAACGAGUGCCUCACUAACAACGGCGGCUGUUCCCACACCUGCAGCGACCUGAAGAUGGGAUACGAGUGUGUGUGUCCGGCCGGAUUCCACCUGAUCAACCGCACACACUGUGAAGACGUGGACGAGUGUGCAGACGCAGACAGAUGCACUCAGAUCUGCAUAAACCUGCCGGGCAGCUUCAGGUGUGACUGUAAAGAUGGGUUUGAGCUGGAUCACAUGACCAAAGACUGCAAAGCGGUAACAGGAUCCGGUGCGUUCCUGCUCUUCAGCACGCGGCACGAGGUCAGGAAGAUGGCGCUGGGCAGCCGGACAUACACGGCGCUGAUCCGCCAGCAGAAGAACGUGGUGGCGCUGGACGUGGAUGUUCACAGCGACAGGAUCUUCUGGUCUGACGUGAGUCUGAAGAAGAUCUACAGCGCCGCGGCCGCUGACCCCGCCCACCACAGCACUGUGAUUGACAGCCGGAUCUCCCGCCCCGAGGGUCUGGCGGUGGACUGGGUCCACGGAAACAUCUACUGGACAGACGGCGAGCUGCGGACCGUCUCCGUGGCGACGGCAGACGGCAGCAAACGCAAGACGCUCGUCAGCGAGGGCCUGCAGAAUCCGCGCGCGAUCGUCGUCGACCCGCAGCGCAAUUUCAUGUUCUGGACGGACUGGGGCGAGCCGGCGCGGAUCGAGAAGAGCGGGCUGAACGGUGCCGACCGCACGCCUCUCGUCACGGAUGACAUCGCCUGGCCCAACGGCAUCACGCUCGAUGUGUUGAACGGCCGUCUGUACUGGGUCGACUCGAAGCUGCACACACUGUCCAGCAUCGGUGUGAACGGAGACGGGCGGCACACGCUGAUCUACGACGAGCAGAAGCUGUGGCACCCGCUGGCGCUCGCUGUGUUCGAGGAGAAAGUCUUCUGGACUGACAUGCACAGUAACAGCAUCUGGAGCGCCAACCGCGUGACGGGACGAGACAUCGCCGCUGUGGCCGAACAUCUGCAGAGUCCUGAAGACAUCGUGCUUUAUCACAGUCUGAAACAGCCUUCCGGAAGGGACUGGUGCAGAGACGCGGCUGCGCUCAACGGCGGCUGUGAGUUUCUGUGUCUGCCGGCGCCGCAGAUUAACACACGCUCGCCCAAAUACACCUGCGCCUGUCCUGAUCACAUGACCCUGCGCGCAGACAUGAGGACGUGUGUGUCAGGUGUAAACAGCACGGCGCCGAGCAGAACCGCACCCAGACGCUCCGGAUCAACACCUGACCAUCAGCAGCAGACACACGCCACACAGACGGGCUCUCGGAGCGGAAUUAAUGAAGAACACACGCCGGUUUCCAGCUCUUCCCAGCACCCCACAGUCCUGUACAUCAUCCUUCCAAUCGUCGCCAUGUGUCUGCUGGUGGUUGGUAGCGUGUUGCUAUGGAGACACUGGCGACACACUUGA